ACAGAGGCAGUUAAGUUAGAGAAGCAGGCCACACGACAAGGACUUUCCCUCUCUGGCUCUUACGUAUUUGAACAUGUUGAAGAUUUGUGUCUUGUGUUGCUUGUAGGGUUAGCUGCAAACUAUGUAUGUGAUGUCCAACUACAGUUGCCAGCGAGUAUUUAUACCACAAAACACCAAAAUAGUCUUCAUCCAACUCCGUUAUCACUUCGCAUGGCCCACUCCGCAUGUUAUUUCCCAUUGUUUUAUGUAUAACGCGUCGUGGUAGCCACAAAUUACAGAAAUGCAGACUUAAGGUCAACAUCGUAGUCGCCUUUUUGUAUAAAUAGCGCAGCAAAAACUAUUAAAUGCCAUCGAACAAGUUCAACUCAUCGAGCUGCAAGCAUAUCCCAAAUAACCAAAAUGUUCAAAUUCGCUGCUGUUAUCUUUGCCAUCAUCGCCUGCGCUGCUGCCAAGCCAGGUCUUCUCCUUGGCCAACAGUUGGCCUAUAGUGCUCCGAUUGUAGCUGCUGCACCCGCUGCAGUCGUUGCUGCUCCUGCUCCGUUUGUGACUGCCACCAGUAGCCAGGUAAUUGCCCGUAACUACAAUGGCAUCGCCCAUGCUCCAGUGAUCGCUCCAGUUGCUGCUCCCGUGAUUGCCAAGUAUGCGGCGGCUCCUUUGGCGGCUCCAGUUGCUGCUCCUGUCAUUGCGAAUUAUGCUGCUUCUCCCUUGGCCUAUAGCUCGCCUUUGACGUACAGCACCUCCCUGAGAUAUGCUGCUGUGCCAGCACCACUUUUGAUUUGA